GUCAACUACCUGCGCCUCGAGGAACGGCGCAUGCGGCACGCCUCGCUGCAGCGCACCCAGACGGCCCUGGCCGUCGGCACCACGCGCGCUCCGGCCGCGCCCAACCCCGUCCCCGCGCCCGCGGCCCCUCCGGCGGCCGCGUCUCCACCCGGCAACACCCGCAAGAAGAAACGCGGGAACGACGGGCGUCCACGCUCCUCCGGCCAGACUUCGGCCGGGCCUCGUCCACCAGCUCCGCCGGCUGCACCGGCGCCGUGGUUCGGCGGGGUCAACCCAUGGACGGGCGUGGUGCAUGCCUGGGCCAUGCCCCCGACGCGCGCGCCGCAUCCCGGCAUCCUCGGCCCGCGGCCCGCGGGUCAUCAGGCGCUGCUCGCCGCGCCCCAGCCCGGCGGGGUCCCUCCUCCGCCGCCCUCUUCGUGGCCGCCGGCGCCUACCUCCUCCUGGACGGCCGCUUCUUCGUCCACCUACGACCCCGCCCUCCUCGCUGCACUUCAGCAGGCCCCGCCGCCGAGCGCCUACCCCGGGAACGGCGACUGGUUCAUGGACACCGGGGCCUCCUCUCAUAUGGCGUCGCACCCUGGACCUGCAGACCAAGACGGUGCUGCUCCGAUGUAAUAGCCCGGACGACCUGUACCCGCUCCGGGCGUCGCCUGCUGCCCCCGCUCCGGUUGCGCUCUCCAUCGGUCUCGACCUGUGGCAUGCACGCCUUGGGCACCCCGGCGUUUCAGCUAUGCAGCAGCUUCUUCGUAGUUUCCCUUUCAGUUGUAAUAAAACAGAGAAACACUCAUGUUCCGCCUGUCGGCUUGGCAAACACACGCGCCUCCCGUUCUCUGAAUCUUUUUCAGUUUCUAGUUUCCCUUUUGAACUACUCCAUUGUGACGUCUGGACAUCUCCAAUAAAGAGCAAUUCUGGUUUUGAGUA